AUGGCAAGACUUGUUGGAAAAGAGAAGCAACUUAGAGAUGUAAAAAAAAUCUUGUGGAAGGAGGGGUAUAGACUAUUUGAAGGUGGAGGAGAUGAUGGUGGCAUUGAUAUCCUCGCGCAGAAGGAUGGCAAGCAUUAUGGCAUCUUGUACAAGAAUGAUGAAGAUGUAGUUGGUUCAGGUUUUGUACAAGCUCUGAGGGGUGCACUUAUUCACUUUCCCCCAGAAUAUUCUGUAGGCAUCCUAGUGGCUAAAAAGUUCACUAACGGUGCUUACAUCCAAGUAGCUGAAAAAACUGGGCUUGACAUUAUCCUUGCUCACAAAGAAGAUCUAACUAAUUUGAUGAAGAAUUAUCGAUUUCGGAGUGAGCAACGACGACGGAUGGCAGAGACUAAAGUUGUAGAGACUAACGUGGCACAACGUGCUGAAGGAGAAAUUUACUCUUUACACAAUUUAAUACAUUUCGCUUUUGGACGUUAA